AUCCAUCUCAUCCCAUCCAUCCAUUAUCCUCUCCCCCCUUCCCUUUAUCCUCCAUCUCCAUCUCAAUCUUGUGUAUUGUUAUUAUCUAUUUUCUCUAUUCUAGUUUUCUUCUUCUUUUUACCCGGAUCAUUAGUUUGUUCUAUUGUUUCUAUUCUUCCCUCCAACCUUGACUCUCCUUUCCCCAUUCUCACACUCCCGACUCUCACUUUCCCGCCUCCCAACUUUCUCGCGCCGCCUCACCUCCAAAAUAAUACCAUCAUGCCCUACAACACCCGUCGCAAGUCACUAUCUCUCCCUUCACUCGGCAUCCACCUCCCCAACUCGUCGCGCCGCUCUCCUUCCAUCUCAAAACAAGCUGCGACCGAUGAUGUUCCGCCUACCAAAAAAGUGAAGAGGUCGCACACCUCAUUAUCACCCGAGCCUUCCACGGACCGCCGGGAAUCUGUCGUGCGCGCCGGCCGGCACGGAGCGUUCGAGCACACCCCGCCACCUUCUCCGAUGGACGGUGGCGUCGCUCCGAAAAUCGAUACGCAAGGCAUUAAUGAUGAUAUCGUUGUCGCGGUGAUCGAACAGCUGGAGAAGACGGGGAAUCGCCCUCAUCUGGUGAAGCAGUUGGCCGCUGUCCUCGUGAAUUUGAACACGACUGUCGCAAAUUCCGCGAAUCCCGCUGCGCUCCUCUCCUCGCGUCUUGCAGCCUAUAUGAAGCGUCCGUGGACGGCUCUCUCCCCAUGCCCAAUGGCUAAAGAGUUGAUCCUCAUCCACCCGCGCAAAGUGUAUUAUUAUCUGACGACCUUCCCUCGUCAGCCUAUUCCUGAUCCCUCCGAUGAUCCUACCUUGGGUGUUGACGGCAAACAUAUUACCCCCAGCGUUUCAAGUCUAGACCAAGACGACGAGGACUUGAUCGCGCGCCAGCGCAGUCCCAGUCCCGAAGUGGACUUGUCAUCGCCGGACUUUGAAGAGGGCCAGGAUGUUGACCUCGAAAAUCCCGCGGGCCGGGGAACGUCUUCCGACCAGUUCCCAGACCCUUCUAGCCAUACUCGCCUAAUGCACUCACACCGUGCGGCUUCUCCGCCCCUGGAGGGUGACGAGAAGGAAUUUACUCAAACUGCCAGUGCGGUCCGUGAGCGCGCCUCCGAGGAAAAAGCCAACCAAACAGCUCGUAGUCUGUCCGUCCUGUCCGAGGGCCUCAGCUCGAUCGACGAGGAGAUGAGCAUCAUCGAUUCCCCCGUGAACGGUGGCUCGCUUUCGCCCGCCGGUGACCGCAUGUCUGAACAGGAGUUCAGUGAUUACUUCACCCACAUGAACCCCUCUGUUCAAAUCGGUGCGGACCUGGACGAGGCCGCUGCCGCCGCGCUGUUCGGCACAUCGCCCUCUCCUUCGCUGACCUCCGUGGCAUCGUCUGUCUCGUCUGGUACGAGCGCUGAUGCUGAGUUGGAGGCCGAGGAGCGGGCUGGCAUGCUUCCCUCUGCUCCCCAAAUCAGUCUUCCCGAGGUGGCCCCUGUCUCAACUCUCAAGCGAUCUCUCGAUAUGUUGAACAGUGGUCUUCCGGACGUGGAUUUGAAGAUGUCCGAUCUGACUGAGUCGCAUGAGAAGCUCAGCUUGGGUCCCCGGUCUCUGGCUGGCAUGGAUGCCAGCGAGCCCAUCUUUGACUCCUGGAGAGAGCUGCAGAACCCGGAGACUGUGGAGGUUGAUGAGCUGGAUGAGAUGUUCGGCGAAAUCUAAACAUCCCAUCUAGUAUAUCAUCUUCUCUCUUCAUUGCAUCUCCGGUCUGCUUGCGUUACGUGCCUUUUUAUUGCUGCCACCAUUUUAUUCCCCAAACUCUUGUCUCUCUCUUAUCUCUCCACUCUCGGUCGGCCUGAGAGCCACCGUCGUCGUUAUACCCCUCUCUUCCUUGGAACCUUGUAUAUGUCGGCUCUCAUCUCCCAUGCCGUGCUCCUUUUUUUUACUCCUUUUGGCUAAUUCCUUCUUACUGUAUAUAUACAUCUUUGUUGAGUUUUGGGACCUUUUGAUCUUGGUCUUACCCUGGAAGGGUAGAAGAAAGAUUUAUGGAGAUUUAUCGAGAUCUACUGGGUUUUUUUAUCAUCUAAAAGAAGGGCAAAAAGCGACUUGAUUUCGUGUAUGCUAGGCGUAAUGCAAAACCAGAAC